AUGGUACCUCAACGGCCCCCCGAGCACGUUAUUGAUCGCACUCCCGAGUACGAGGAGUUCAUCAACAAGCUGAGAGAAUUCCACACCGAGCGAGGAACCAGGUUCGACCCAGAGCCCAAGAUCACCCCGUACCAGCUUGAUCUUCUGAAGAUCUUCAACCACGUCGUUCAGAGCGGCGGCUAUGACAGGAUCACCGACGAGAAGCUGGCCUGGCGCAGGGUCUGCGCCGAGCUUGGAAUCCGUGCCUCCAACGAGGCAGCCGCUGCCUUCAGUCUUAAGACCGCCUACUACAAGAACCUUGCCGCCUACGAGAUUCGCACCGUCCAUAACCAGACCCCUCCACCUCCCGAGAUCCUCGAAGACACAUCGGCCAAGGGCGGCUCGCUCCUGACCCGUACGCUCAGCAACUUCAAGCCCAAGGAUCGUCGCGAUACCUCCACCCAGAACUCUCCUGCACCAUCUGGCGACGAUGGAACACCGGCGCGCGAGAGCAGACCAGAGGAGCCCCCCAGCACCGGCCGCGCUGCUCGAGGCCUGCGCCAGGCCCCGCCUCAGAGGGUCAUCUUCCAGCCCGAGACCGGUCCGACGCGCCCAUCGCGACAUUCUUCAGCGCAACACCACACUGGUUCCGCGACACCCCAAGGCUCCCAUAGUUCUCACAACCACGGCCACGUCAACUCUCAGAGCAACGGGCACGGCCAGUUCCAAGGCUCGAGCCGCACGCCCUCGCACCAGAUGGCACACGCGCCCCUUGGCCAGAUUCCCCAGCCGCAUAUCGUUCGUGGCGGCGCUUCUGCAAGUUUCACUCCCCAGAACUACGAGUACCAGUCUCCCACCGUCGAGAGGUUUCGACCCCCAGCGAACGUGCCAUUGCCCCUCCGCCCCGUCGAAACACCGUCAAAUGCGCCAGCAAAGUUUGCCAGGCCCAGACGCCCGUUGGAUCCUGCACCUCCUGCCCCGAAUCGACAGGCACCCCUGCCUGGAAGCUUGCCGAUUCAACCGUCUCCCUUCGAUGGUCCUAACAUCUACGCCCGAUGUCUAUAUGCUCUUCGUUCUGGAAUACCAGAGGAACAGUCGUUUGCUCUGCACCACCUCUUGAAGAUAUCGUAUGAGAGGGGAGAUCGGUACAAGUUCGACGCCUUUCCUGGAUUGGCAGAAGGUCUCGUGGAAAUGGCACUGAAAGUCGGAAGCCUCUUCUGGGACGUCAACUUCACAAUAUCAUACGAUCCAGAGGCCGAUGGCGAUGAUAUCGGGGAGCUCGACGGUGUCAAUGGUACAUCGGACAUCAUCGAGCGGAUCGACCAGCUGAAGGCUCAGCCAGGACAGGAUCACAUACAGCCCGCCGACUUCGUCGACCAGAUGAUUCUGAUCACAGAGGCUUCUCUUGCCAUUCGAAACAUGCUUAUGCUGCGGGAGAACGGAGAGUCAAUGGCUGAAUUCCCUGCCCUGCGGGACCUCUUGUGCAUCAUUCUUCAUUUGCCGUCCAGCGAGACCACAGUCGAGCUGAAGCAUUGUGCGCUGGACAUCGCUGAACAGCUCACCCCAGAGCUGGCUCUUGGUGCCCACGACCCUCUUUACCGAUCGCUCCUUGCUCAGCUGAUGUCGAACGAUCGUGGCCAGAUACUGACAUCUCUACGCGCCCUUGGCCGCAUAUCGAUGAACCUGGCGGAGGCAAACAAACUUGGCGAUGUCCCUCUCGAUAUCCUGGAGACUAUCAUUGACUGGCUGAUGCUGAAUGACGAUGAGCUCUUGGAUGCCUGCCUUGACUUCCUCUAUCAGUACACGGCUGUUGUGUCCAACGUCGAGACUCUGCUCGGAUUCAGAGCGACCAAGCCAGACAAGCCAGAGAGUCUGGUGAAACACUUGGUCCGUCUUCUUUCUCAUGGCGCUAAGCGCGUCGUGAAAGAACAGGUCAUCAAGCCCGAGGUCUGCAUCCCAUACAGUGAGGAGGUGGCGCCGUUGCCCCAAGAUCUACAGGAACGCCUCCUGGCAAUGGAGGAGCCUGAGCGAUGUUACAUGUGGCUUCGAUGUCUUUUUGAAGAGGACACAGAUGCCAGUAUCACGCAGAUUGCCAUUUGGACCGCCUACCAAUCGUCAUUUAGUAGCCGACUGUCUCAGAUCGGCAAGACAAUGAUCUCGCCUGCAGAUUUCAUCAGAAAUGUGAACCACGUGUGGACGACCGCUGGCGCACAAAUAAUAAAGGCUCCCAACGGCUCGAACCAGAAGUUCAUUAUUAAGGGAAUCCGAGCUCGUACCCGACCCGUAGACCCGGACAACGACGGCAGGGAGUACUUCCGUUGCCUCUGGACCUUGCCGCUGAAUCCGGGCCAGAAAUUCCAGAAGUGCAACAACUUUUUCGCCAACGCAGAGAAGAUGUACGAGCACAUCCUGUUGACACAUGUCCAGGAGAAGCCCGACGGGGAUGGCAAGUACUUGAACAAAGAGUCAGACUACCGCUGUCUUUGGGCAGGCUGUCACAAGGUCACCGGCGACGAUAAUAUGCUCCUUGGAACAUUCAUGUCGCACGUCAAGACACACCUGAUGGCCGUCCAACAAAACUUCGAGCCUCUCAUCGCCCCGAACCAGAGCAAUGGCGCCUCAGACGCCACAUCUAACAGCAGUGGCCCCAGCCCAACCGCCAAUCCCAACAAGAGAGCCAAGCGGGGGCACUUCGUCCCUGCCAAGUCCCUUACGCUAACGUACGAGGAGACCAUGACGGCGCGAGACGAGCGCAACCCCAACGGCCCGCUGCAGCCCGCAGGUACACCGUUCAGCGCGGUGCUUGUCCUGCGGAACAUCGCGCGUAACGUGGUCAAGACGGAGGCGCAGGAGCAGCUCCUCGAGGAGCAGAACAGCCAGGGCGUGGACGAGAGGGCGCGCGGAUGGAACGAGAAGCUCUUCCGUGUGGUGCUACCGCGCCUGCACGAGAUCAUGACGGAGAACCGCGUGCUGGCGCAGCCCAUCUCGACGUUGCUGGAGCUCAUCGAUGACUCGGGCUAG